AUGUAUCGUAUAUUCUUGAUUGUUUUGCUCUAUUGCCUGGGUUUGGCAAGAUGUCUCAUUGUCGCUAAGGAUACUCCGCCCUUGGCUACACCAGCGCCAGCAUUUGACGGACAGCUUCCACGGAGGUCAACGACACCAAUAGACGCGCUGUCUUUUGCCGAAGUUCUCCUGACUGCUAUCCCCCAAUCCUUGGCGCAAAUAGCGGCAACAGACCUGUCAGCGGCAUCUGCCAUCUUGUGGUCUGACUUCCUCGACGGAAAGAAGCCCAGCUGGUUCACGUCCUUGCCGGAUAAUGUCCAAGAUUAUCUGACCAGCGAGUUUGGGCCCAAAACAACAGUCGCAGUAUCGACGACGUCGGCAGAGUCAUCACAAUCAACCUCAGCUUCAGCGUCUGCAUCAGCAUCUGAAUCUGCAUCUGAAUCUGCAGUUGCGUCUACAUCUGCGUCUUCCACAUUGCCAGCACUCACGCAAACCUCAUUCAUCACGGUCACAGCCAGCUCAGAUUCGAAUCUAGCUACUCCCACUCUGACCGAAACGUCUGAUUCUACAUCUGGAUUCUCUCGCGCGGACAAACUUGCCGUUGCUCUAGGUAUACCCUUAGCAGCAGCCAUUCUUGCUAUUAUCAUCCUGGUGUUUUGCUUAAUCCGGCAGAAAAGAAAUUCAAGACGGAGACGGACCUUGAUGGAAUCACCGCUGCAGUCGUCUGACUUUCUGGAACCUGACAUGGUACCUGUGGCGCCGACAAUGCGGAGAGCCUCUUCGUCCAACCCAUUUGCAGACCCGCCAGACACACGCACAGCAGCAGUAGCGCGCCAGAAAAGGGGAUCUCAUGGCUCUUCCAGAACUCUGACGCCCGUGAUGGAGGAGGCGCGCGACGACGACACUCACCGGCAUAUUCUACCUGUACCCCUCCCCGAAAGAAGCCCCCGGCGAUCGAUGGAUCAUCCGCCAGAGUCCUGGAAAGACCGACAGCAGCCUGUUAUUACCACGACUUCACUGAGUCCGACCCAAGACGAUGCCUCGCAUGAUUGGCAUGAGCAGCACCCUGCACUCAGGACUCGGGAAUCGACGUCCUUUUCUAGACCCUUUGGGACAUACGGACGCAUUGGUCACCAGCAAGGAGCAAAUGACAACUACAAUGCAUUAACUUCGCUACCGCGAAGGAAGCCAGUACCACAGAGAGCUCAGGGUCCAAUGCUCGAGAGUUCAAGAAACCAGAAGACAGUUGUCCCAGGUCGGACUGAUAUGCCAUGGUCAGCAAGUUAUUGGAAAGUACCAAAAAGGAACUAUGACAUGUACGAGAACGUGACAAUGAAUGAGAGUCGGUGA